AGUUAUAGUUGAUAAUAAAGAAAGUCCAAAAUGUCUUGGUUAUUGUUAUGAAUCAGGAAAAUUUUCAAGUAAUGUAGAAACUUCAGCCACAGAAGCUAUUUCAAGUUUAUAUAUGCAAAAUUUUUACAACAAAACAAGAAAAUCUGAUGCUAUAGCUAUUGGUUAUAAUGACAAAAAUAUAAUUGAAGAACUUCAAGAGAAC